UACAGCCACAGUUGUUGUCUCGAUGACUUUGCACGCCAGUUAUGCAAAGCGGUGUUUGGAUGCUCUCAACCAGCACUAUGUUGAAUUGGACACGGCGAGGCUUGUGGUGGCCUUCUACUGUCUUUCCAGUAUCGAUGUGCUGGACCAACUAGGCCAAAGGAUAAAAGAAAAAGACAAAGACCAAUGGAAGAAUUGGAUCUGGGACCAGCAAAUUCCUACGGAUUAUGGCACCGGCUUCCGACCUGGGCCAUCUGUAGCGGUGACACUCGGGGAAACCAACCAUUCAGUCAAAUUCCAUCCGUACGACCUUCCGCACACAAUCAUGACUUUUUCGGCUAUCAUUUCCUUAGCGAUACUUGGUGAUGAACUGUCACGCCUUGAUAUAGGAGGAAUCCGGAAGUUCAUCGGUGGCGUGCAGCAGCCGGACGGGAGCUUCUGGACGAUACCUAACUUUGGCGAGUCCGAUCUUCGCAGCACUUACUCUGUCUUUGCACUGUGUUCCCUUUUGGAUUGCUGGGAUGCAAUCGAUGCCGAUCAAGCGCUGACGUUUAUCCGACAAUGCAGGACGUAUGAAGGUGGUUACGGCCAACGUCCCCAUACCGAAGCGCAAGGUGGCACGACUUUCUGUGCUCUGGCUUCACUCGCUUUAUGUCCGCGGUCCCCUGGAUUAUCUGAGAACGAAAGAAAGGCGACUACAAGGUGGUUGGUGGAACGGCAGGUGGGCGGGUUCCAGGGUCGUACAGAGAAAGCUGCAGAUGCAUGCUAUAGCUUUUGGUGUGGCGCGUCCCUGAAGAUACUGAAUGCCGAUGAAUUCGCCGAUAAGGAAGCUAAUGCGAGUUUCCUUCUGACAUGCCAAUCCAAAUUCGGAGGUUUUGGGAAGUGCCCUGGGGAGUAUCCGGACCCCUAUCACACGUACAUGAGCUUUGCUGCUCUGUCCCUUCUCCCUUCCCAGAGCUCUGAGACAGAGAGCCUGGGGGUUCUUCGUCCUAUCGAUCCUAUUCUGAAUGCCACGUUGAAGACUGCCGAACACCUACGCCGAGCCGUACACAGCAUCAAGCGUACCUUGUGAUCGCCUCCUGGACUUGCAGUUUUAUGUUGUACCAUUGUCGGAACGAAUAAUUGUAUCGAGAUGUUCGACCAAUUUUUAGUCCGCAUUCUGGUAUCAUGCCGUCAUGGGCCGGGUGUCUAGAAAUCAAAUGAUGACAGUCUCAUGUCUCGAAGAUUUAUAUCUGUUUAGAACAUCAAUGGUGCCAUCGCGUCCAUCCACCAUAAAGCCCUUUUAGCAUG